AAACGACGCCUCGGCCCGGAGGCUUGAAUCGGGCGCGAAGGCGGCGGCGUCUGAGGCGCGGGGACAGGCGCGCCGCUGCGGGAGGCCGGGCGCCUGCUGUGCGCCUCAGGGCUGCGGGGCGGCCGCGAAGGGCCGUCGCGAAAGCCCACGCCCGGGAGGAGGGUCUUCCCCGAGCCCUCCCCGCGGACCCCCACGUCGCGGAGCCGCGGCGUCCUCUCCGGGGGCCGGACGGCGCCCUGGGGCUCGCCACGCCCGCGCUCGGACAGCCCCGCAGUGGUGCGAGGCCCCGGGUGCGGGGGUCCGGCACGCCGUGCAGGGGGCGUUUCCGGAGAAGCCAGCUUCCCCUUCAGCCCCCGCCGACCCGAGCGCCUCUCGAAGCGGGCCGAGGAGGCCGGGCCCCGCGUUCGCCCCGCCUCGGCCGCCGAGCGGCUUCGGCUGUUUCCGGCCUCCGGCGGCGCCCGACUUCGGGUCUUUCCGGGUUGCGUGGGCCGUCGUUGCCACGGCAACGCGCGGCGGUGCCGCGGCCGGGCCCAGGCCUCUGCUUUCAUUUCUUUGGGAUGUAUAUCCAGAGAUAGAAUUCCUGGAUCAUCUGGUACCUCACCAGUAUUUCCGGAGCCACCAGACUUUCCCAGUAGCUAUACUGUUACACCUUUUACUGGCGGUCUCAGACCUGACGGCCGAGUUGCAUCAUGGCUCUCUAUUUUGACCACCGAAUAGAAGCCCCUGACUCAGUGGGGUCUCCUUCUCAUAUCAGCUGGCACCCUGUCCAUCCUUUUCUGGCAGUCGCCUCUGUCAGCACGACCUCAGGUGGUCGUGUGGAUGUGUAUCUGGAGCAAGGGGAGCAUGUGCCUGAUAUACACGUCGAACGGUCUUUCCGAGUCACUUGCCUGUGCUGGCAUCCUACGCGGCCAACCUUGGCUAUCGGCUGGGAGACUGGAGAAGUGACAGUGCUUAAUAAGCGGGACAAAGAACAGCACAUAGUCCCCCCGACACACACAGCUGACGUCAGCAUUCUAAGCUGGAGCACCAAUGGAAACUGUCUCGUGUCAGGAGACAAGCUUGGCGUCGCGCUCUUGUGGAGGCUGGACCAGAGGGGCCGUGCGCAGGGGACACCCCUGCUGAAGCUGGAGUAUGGGAGGCGGCUCACACACUGCAUCUUCUGGCUGCCUCCUCCGGGAGAGGACCUCGUUCAGCUCGCCAAGGCGGCAGUGAGCGGCGACGAGAAGGCGCUGGACAUGUUUAACUGGCGGAAAAGCGACUUUGGAAGUUUCCUAAAAAUGGGCUCCCAGGAGGCACUGUCCUUCUUUGUUAGCCUGGUGGACGGGACCGUGCACUAUGUGGAUGAGAAGGGCAAGAGCACACAGGUGGCAGCCGCCGACAGCACCGUGCACACGCUCUUCUACAUGGACAAGAGAGAGGCGCUGGUGGUGGUCACAGAGAACCUGCUGCUGUCACUCUACAUGGUGACCCCCGAGGGCCAGGUGGAGGAAGUGAUGAAGGUGAAGCUGAGCGGGAAGACGGGGUGCCAGGCGGAUAUCGCUUUGAUAGAGGACAGUCUGCUAGUGACUGCUAUCGGGGAGUCCGUGCUCAGGUUCUGGGAUUUGGAACGAGGAGAGAACUAUGUCCUGAGUCUCGAGGAGAAGUUUGGUUUUGAGAACGGAGAGAAUAUAAACUGUGUUUCUUACUGCAAAGCCAAAGGUCUUCUGGCAGCAGGCACCGAUAAAGGACGGGUGGCCCUGUGGAGCAAGGUGCCAGGUGUGCCGAGCACCCAAGGGGCAGAGAGCAGAGACAAGUGGGCCCUUCACUCGCCCACUGAGCUGGAGGGAAACAUCACCCAGAUGAAGUGGGGCUCCCGGAAGAACCUGCUAGCGGUCAACAACAUCCUCUCCGUGGUCAUCCUCAGCGAACAGGCCAUGUCCUCACACUUCCACCAGCAGGUGGCCGUGGUGCAGGUGUCCCCGAGCUUGCUCAGCGUGUCCUUCCUAUCCUCAGGGGUGACACACAGCUUGCGCACCGACAUGCAUGUCAGCGGCGUGUUUGCCACCAAGGAUGCUGUGGCCGUCUGGAACGGAAAGCAGGUGGUGAUAUUUGAGCCUUCUGGGACCUCUUUACGAAAUGCAGGCACUUUCCCAUGCGAGUCUCCAGUGCUGGCCAUGCAUGAAGAAAGUGUUUACACCGUGGAGCCAAACCGAGUUCAAGUUCGAACAUGGCAGGGGACGGUGAAACAGCUCCUGCUCUUCUCCCAGACGGAGGGCAACCCGUGCUGCCUGGAUGUCUGUGGUGAUUUCCUGGUUGUGGGGACCGACUUAGCACACUUCAAAAGUUUCGAUCUUUCCAGAAGAGAGGCCAAGGCGCACUGUGACUGCAAGAGCCUGGCCGAGUUGGUCCCUGGUGCAGGCAGCCUGGCGUCCCUCCGCUGUAGUGCCGAUGGCAGCAAGAUCAGCAUGCUCCUGCGCAAGGCUGACAACAGCCCCGACUCCAGAAUCUGCUUCUAUGACAUUGAUAUGGACUCCGUGACGAUCGUGGACUUCAAGACAGGACAAGUGGACCAGAGGGAGGCAAUGUCCUUCCAGGGGCAGGAGGCUAAGAAGACGCAGGCCUUCGGGGACGAGAGGCUACUGAACCUGCUGCCGCUAAACCACUUCUGGGACCAGAGCGAGCCACGGCUGUUCGUGUGCGAGGCGGUGCGGGAGCUGUCUGGGACCCUGCCGCAGCUGGAGGGCGCCCCCGGCCCCACGGCGGACGUGCUGGUCCUGUCCUUCUUCGUUUCUGAAGAGCACGGCCUGCUGCUUCAGGACAGCUUCCCCCGGCCUCCCGCCUUCCAGAGCCUUCUCGGCGUCCAAGUGCCCCAUUAUUACUUCACCAAGCAGCCCGGAGAAGCUGACCGCUGUGAGGACCAAGGGCUCUCAGGGCCACAGCAUGUGCCCCAGGUGGUGGGCAGGAGGCCCUUGCGGGACUUCACGGGGCUGGAGGACUGCGACAAGCCCACUCAGGACGCCAUGCUCAACUUCAGUUUCUUCGUCACUGUGGGGGAUAUGGAUGAGGCCUUCAGGUCCAUCAAGCUCAUCAAAAGCGAGGCCGUGUGGGAGAACAUGGCACGCAUGUGCGUGAAGACCCAGCGGCUGGACGUGGCCAAGGUGUGCCUGGGGAACAUGGGACACGCCCGAGGCGCCCGAGCACUGCGUGAGGCGGAGCGUGAGCCAGAGCUGGAGGCUCGCGUGGCCGCACUUGCCAUCCAACUGGGCAUGCUGGAAGACGCGGAGCAGUUGUACAAGAAGUGCCAGCGCUACGACCUGCUCAACCAGCUGUACCAGGCGUCCGGGCAGUGGCAGAAGGCGGUGGAGGUGGCCGAGCUGCAGGACCGCGUGCACCUGCGAACCACCUACUACAGCUACGCGCGGCACCUGGAGGCCAGCGCCGACUGCAGCCUGGCCCUCAGCUACUACGAGAAGUCGGACACCCACCGCUUCGAGGUGCCCCGGAUGCUCUCGGAGGACCUGCAGGCCCUGGCACUCUACAUCGACAAGAUGAAGGACAAGGCCCUGUGGCGAUGGUGGGCGCAGUACCUGGAGAGCCGGGCGGAGAUGGAGGCCGCACUGCACUAUUAUGGGCUGGCCCAGGACCACUUCUCCCUAGUUCGCAUCUACUGUUUCCAGGGCGACAUCCAGAAGGCAGCCGAGAUCGCCAAUAAGACGGGGAACUGUGCCGCCUCAUACCACCUGGCCCGCCAGUACGAGAGCCAGGAGGAAGUGCGGCAGGCCGUGCACUUCUACACGCGGGCGCAGGCUUUCAACAACGCCAUCCGCCUCUGCAAGGAGAAUGGCCUGGACGACCAGCUCAUGAACCUGGCCCUACUCAGCUCCCCCGAGGACAUGAUCGAGGCCGCUCGCUACUAUGAGGAGAAGGACAAGCAACUGGACAGGGCUGUGAUGCUGUACCACAAGGCUGGUCACUUCUCCAAGGCCCUGGAGCUGGCCUUCGCCUCCCAGCAGCUCGGGGCCCUGCAGCUCAUCGCAGAGGACCUGGAUGAGAACUCGGACCCCGCCCUCCUGGCCCGAUGCUCCGACUUCUUCCUGGAGCACAGCCAGUACGAGAAGGCCGUGGGGCUGCUGCUGGCUGCCAAGAAGUACCAUGAGGCCCUGCAGCUGUGCCUGGAGCAGAACAUGACCAUCACCGAGGAGAUGGCCGAGAAGAUGACGGUGCCCAAGGAGUCCCGGGACAUGCCAGACGCGGUGCGGCGCGAGCUGCUGGAGCAGAUCGCUGACUGCUGCAUGCGCCAGGGCAGCUACCACCUGGCCACCAAGAAGUACACGCAGGCCGGGAACAAGCUGAAGGCCAUGCGGGCGCUGCUCAAAUCUGGGGACACAGAGAAGAUCGUGUUCUUUGCGGGCGUCUCGCGGCAGAAAGAGAUCUACAUCAUGGCCGCCAACUACCUGCAGUCACUGGACUGGCGCAAGGAGCCGGAGAUCAUGAAAAAUAUUAUCAGCUUCUACACCAAGGGCCGAGCCCUAGACCUGCUGGCAGGCUUCUAUGAUGCCUGCGCACAGGUGGAGAUUGACGAGUACCAGAACUACGACAAGGCACACGGGGCGCUCACCGAGGCCUACAAGUGCAUGUCCAUGUCCAAGGCCAAGAGCCCCCUGGACCAGGAGGCCAAGCUGGCGCAGCUGCAGAACAAAAUGACGCUGGUGAAGCGCUUCCUCCAGGCCCGCAGGGUGUACGCGGAGGAUCCCAAGGAGGCGGCCCGGCAGUUCGAGCUGCUGCUGGAGGAGCCGGAGCUGGAUGGGAGCGUCCGUGCGGGCGACGUGUACGGCUUCCUGGUGGAGCACUGCCUGCAGGGGGGCGACCUCCAGACGGCCUCCAGGUACCUGGAGGAGAUGCGGAAGCGGCUCCCCGCCGCCAAUAUUCCCUACUACGUGAGCCAGCGCACCGUGGACGCCAUCCACCUGGGCCUGGGCCUGCCGCUGGCCCGCGCCCCAGCCGAGCGUGUCCGCCACAACAGCAUGGAGGAUCUCAGGGAGACGGCCGAGGAGGUGUUGGAGGAGGUGGACAGUGGCCCCUGAAGCCAGGGCUUCCCAGGGGUCAUAGUGGCCAGGGGUGAACUUUGCUGUUGAGAGGCAGGCUUGUCAGAGGGGCUGUGGGCACAGACACCCCCACUCCAGCCCCAAGCCCAAGCGAGGUAAGA